AUGUCCAGCACCAAAUUGGAGGAUUCCCUCCCUCGCCGCAACUGGUCAUCUGCUUCAGAGCUGAAUGAAACUCAAGAGCCGUUUUUAAACCCCACGGACUAUGACGACGAGGAAUUCCUGCGGUACCUGUGGAGGGAAUACCUACACCCGAAAGAAUAUGAGUGGGUCCUGAUCGCAGGGUACAUCAUCGUGUUCGUUGUGGCUCUCAUCGGGAACGUCCUGGUCUGCGUGGCAGUGUGGAAGAACCACCACAUGAGGACAGUCACCAACUACUUCAUAGUCAACCUUUCCCUGGCAGACGUGCUUGUGACCAUCACCUGCCUUCCAGCCACCUUAGUUGUUGACAUUACUGAGACCUGGUUCUUUGGACAGUCCCUCUGCAAGGUCAUUCCUUAUUUGCAGACUGUGUCAGUGUCUGUGUCUGUUCUUACAUUGAGCUGCAUUGCCUUGGACCGAUGGUAUGCAAUUUGUCACCCUUUGAUGUUCAAGAGCACAGCCAAACGGGCUCGAAACAGUAUCGUCAUCAUCUGGAUUGUCUCCUGCAUUAUAAUGAUUCCUCAAGCCAUUGUCAUGGAGUGUAGCAGCAUGCUCCCUGGCUUAGCCAAUAAAACCACCCUCUUUACAGUAUGUGAUGAGCAUUGGGGCGGUGACGUUUACCCAAAGAUGUACCACAUCUGCUUCUUUCUGGUGACAUACAUGGCCCCUCUGUGUCUUAUGAUAUUGGCUUACCUGCAAAUAUUCCGUAAACUCUGGUGCCGACAGAUUCCAGGAACUUCUUCUGUGGUUCAGAGAAAAUGGAAGCAACCGCAGAUGGUUUCUCAGCCCAGAGGGUCUGGACAGCAGAGCAAGGCUCGGAUUAGCGCUGUGGCUGCUGAGAUAAAGCAGAUCCGAGCCAGAAGGAAAACAGCGCGGAUGCUCAUGGUUGUACUUCUGGUCUUUGCAAUUUGCUAUCUACCAAUCAGCAUCCUCAAUGUCCUAAAGAGAGUAUUUGGGAUGUUCGCACACACCGAAGACAGAGAGACUGUCUAUGCUUGGUUCACAUUUUCUCAUUGGCUUGUAUAUGCUAAUAGUGCUGCAAACCCAAUCAUUUAUAAUUUUCUUAGUGGAAAAUUUCGAGAGGAAUUUAAAGCUGCGUUUUCAUGUUGUCUUGGGGUUCAUCAUCGCCAAGGAGAUCGGCUCGCCAGGGGACGCACAAGCACAGAGAGCAGGAAGUCCCUGACCACUCAGAUCAGCAACUUUGAUAAUGUAUCAAAACUCUCAGAGCACGUGGUGCUCACCAGCCUAAGCACACUCCCAACAGCCAACGGGACAGGACCGCUACAAAACUGGUAUCUACAACAGGGAGUACCAUCUUCACUGCUGUCGACCUGGCUGGAGGUCUGA